UUGAUACUUUUCCAGAAUGGACUUGACAGUUACGUAGGCACCUAUACCUACAUUGUCACAAUGGUAAUCAGAGGGUUAUAAACAUCACAUUUCGUACAAUGAUUUCUGAAAAACAGAUCUUAAAUCCACAGCUAGAUCACGGAUAGCUAUUUACAAUGAAGUUGCCUUUUAACAUGGUUUUGGCUCCAAUGCUGAAGCCAUAUCUUGGACGCACACGAAUGUUUUGCCACCAUCCGACGUUUUAUAUGAGCAUUUUAUAUACUUACCUGUAUGGAUUACUCGGCCUUCUAAUAAGCGCAAAUCAUUUGAGGAAGCAUCUGGGAGAAUUGCCUCCAGAUUGGACUGCAUCGAGUGCUCAAGUACAGGAAGGUCAACACUUCAUGCUGCUUCACGAUUUGAAGAUUAUCGCCACAGCUAUGGGGCUGGUCCAGUAUGCUUGUCUAUUAGCGGGCUGUUUGACUUUAACACACAUCAGCGGCGAAGCUUCAGAGGGCCUGAAAAUAAAAUUACGAGCAUUGCUUGUGGCGCUACUGGGCGUGUCGAUGUCGGCAUGUGCGUUUGCCUCCCAACCCGUCGAACUGGAGUUAGAUGACGACGAUGUCGCUCAGAAACUCAACAAUGUCAGCUUUGCUAGGCGGAUCACUAAGCCUACAAUUCGACUUGUCAUGGGAUAUGGGAAGCUCAGUGCAUUUGUCACCGCAACUACAUCACUGCUUUUAUUGGUGGCUGUCAUGUCUAAGCAAUCCUGGUGGCGUCGUGGGGCUCGCUGGUUGGCCGCACCCGCGCUGCUGGUGGCUGCGCUAGAGACGGCCUCCGAUGCCAGCGACGCCAUGCUUGCGGCCGUUCUGCGAGGUUCUGCUGAGCCAGCCCGCGUCGCCGUACAAACCGCCGCCGCUGCCUUACUCAUCACCGUCGAGAUAUUAGUCUGGUACUUCAUAGCGAAAUUUUUCGAGUAUAAUCCACCCCCGACAGCCGAAGACCGAGAAAAAGGAAACCUAAUGAGAUCAAUGCCACAAUAAAAUAAUUCAACAAGUAAUA